AUGGGUGCCUUCUUCACUGGGUGGGAGUUGUGGGAAGAAAUGAGCUUCGUCUUGGCAUGCUCCAUCGUGUUAGUCUUCGCCUUUGGGCUGGUACGGCUGUGGUGGACGAACCGCAAAAUUGCAAAGCUCGAAUUGAUCGACGAAGAACGGCGCGUACGAUUGGCCGAGAUGCGGUAUUGCGGUAUCAACGCUCGCGGCAUCACUGAUAUCCCCUUUGGGGUGCGCGCAAUACAAAGUGGCAUCGAAGUGGAAGGUAUCUGGAUAUCAAGGCCUAACACACCUGGCUCCAGCCGUGCCGCCUCUUCUCCCACUCUUAUUGGCGAUCCUACAGGUCUCAAGGCAAAAUUGAAGGAAAAGGGCAAAGGAAAGGCUCGCUACAUGUCGGUGGAAGUUAGUGAGACGGCUUCAUCGUCCCCUCCUCAGACGACUCCUACAUCGGGUUCUUCGACACCCCAGCGAGCUGACGAUACCGAUGUAAAUGAUGCACGACAGCCUCGAAUUCAGCAACCGAUGGAUUAUUCAAACACACCCAAGGGAUCACUUGAUGCUCAGCGACGAAGCAUUGCUCGCCAAGUAGCCUCUCGCAGCUCCUCUGCCAACCGCAACAGCAUGGCCUCGUCAUCCAUGGGCGACUUUGUGGUUCCCCACUCGAGGAACUCUUAUGCCAGCUCAAAGCCAAUCCUUCAGGGAUCCACCGAAUACUACUCUGACAUAUCCAGAACCGGAACAAAUGACUUCUACGACGCCCCUCCGUCUGCAGUUUGGGACCACGCAUACAGCAGCUCUGAUGCGGAGAGCGCAGAAGUGGCUGACCAGCGAUCACAGCCAGGGCCCUCCAGGCUUCAGAAGAAAUCGCAUUUCUAUAAGCCAGUACGAAAUUAA